AUGGUAUCCACCGAAGAUGUGGUCGAAAAAGGUUUCAUCGGACUCGACCUUUCCAAGGAUUGCAGCACGGAAGGCGGUGAAAUUCAGAUGCUAACGGGCUGUGCGAAUGCGAAGGCUGGAGACUGCAUUGACGGCUCGGAGACCGGGAGUCGACGUAAUCUUGGCAUCGAAAGUGGCAACAGUCCAGCGUGCGCCACCAAAUCCCGCUGCGUUGGUCUCGAGACCCCUUCCUGUGGAUCUAAGACCGAUGAUGGUUCGUACUGCGGCCCAACCAAGGUACGAUGUGACCGCUCUAGCUGUCACAAUGGAGAAAGUGUCCUACCUGCCAGCAGAUUUGUUAAACAAGCGAAGACUGAGCCGGAUAUUGAGAAAGGUGCUUCGGCAAUCUUGCAUGUCUCAUUGGCCGUGGAAGGACUGACCUGCACCGGCUGCGAGACGAAGCUCUUCCGAGCAUUAUCCGGCAUCCCGGGGGUUCGAAAUCUGAACACCAGUCUGGUCUUGUCAAAAGCAGAGUUCGAUCUCGAUGAUCAAGCUGGUCCCAUCGGAGAGGUAAUCAGAGCCGUUGAGAAGUCUACUGGUUUUGCUUGCAAGCGAUUGAACACUGAAGGACAAGAGUUGGAUGUCCUUGUGGAUGGCGAUGCAGAAGCCUUCGUCCAGCGUCAAUACCCGGGGGGAAUCAUGCAGCUGUGUGCCGUUGAUAAGCGCACCGUACGCAUCACCUUCGACCCUACAAGCAUUGGUGCAAGAGCUGUUGUUGGGAGCUUGUUCGGGGUUCAGCUGCACCUCGCUGCCCCCAGGACAUCAUCGGACCUUGAAAGUGGACGGAAGCAUGUCCGACAUACUGCCUGGGUCACACUGCUCUCUGCUGGCCUCACAGUACCCGUACUCGUCCUGGCCUGGGCUCCCUUGCCGUCCCGUCCGAUUGCCUAUGGUGCAGCAUCGCUAGCACUGGCCACUGCAGUCCAAUUCGUCAUCGCGGGCCAAUUCUACGUCAGCGCACUGAGAGCCCUGAUCUUCAUGCGGGUGAUCGAGAUGGAUCUGCUCAUUGUCCUCAGCACCUCCACAGCCUAUAUCUUCUCCGUCAUCGCAUUUGCGUACCAGGCCAUGGGACGUCCACUGCGGAUUGGGGAGUUCUUUGAGACUAGCACCUUGCUCGUCACUCUGAUCAUGCUAGGCCGGCUAGUGAGCGCCUUUGCAAGACAACGGGCGGUCGAGUCAGUCUCUCUGAGGUCCCUCCAGAACCAAACAGCUGUUCUAUGCGACUCUGAGGGCCACGAUGAACAAGAGAUCGACGUUCGCCUUCUGCAGCACGGGGACCUGUUCAAGGUUUCUCCGGACUCACGCGUUACAACAGAUGGCGUCAUCGUCAUCGGUGCGACGGAAGUCGACGAGUCCAUGAUAACUGGAGAGUGUCUUCCUGUGGAGAAACACCCUGGCUCGUCCGUGAUUGCAGGCUCUAUCAAUGGCUCUGGUGUGAUUGUUGCUCGCCUUACACACCUCCCUGGGCAUAACACUAUUAGCACGAUCGCAGCAAUGGUGGAUGAAGCGAAAUUUCAAAAACCGAAGACUCAGGAACUGGUGGACAUCGUUGCUGGUUGGUUUGUCCCUGUGAUACUUGUCCUCACGAUCAUAACUUUCGUGGUGUGGGUCGCAGUCGGCAUCUCUGUCCGACAACAAAGUGCAGCCACUGCAGUCAUUACUGCAAUCACUUACGGGGUCUCCGUGCUUAUCGUCUCCUGCCCUUGCGCAAUCGGUCUUUGCAUUCCUAUGGUUAUCGUUGUUGCUGGUGGCGCUGCCGCGAAACACGGGGUCGUCUUCAAGUCGGCUUUAGCAUUGGAGAGCGCGCGAAAAGUCUCCCACGUGGUCUUCGACAAAACUGGAACUCUCACCGAAGGCAGGCUGAGCGUAAUAGAAGAGGUCAUCUUAACGGACAAAGAACUCGCCACGUCUAUUACACUUGGCUUGACGAGCAACAGCAAGCACCCGGUCUCGGCGGCGAUCUCGUCUUAUCUGCAGGCGAAAGGUGUCAAGGCCGCCGAUACCAAAGACGUUCGGUCAAUCACUGGUAAAGGCGUUGAAGGCACCUAUGCUGGGGAUGUCAUUCGUUGUGGCAACACUCGCUGGCUCCAGGUACAGGACUUCCCGGAAGUUCAAAGCCUACUUCGCAACGGAUUGACAGUCUUCGGCGUCACCAUUAGAGGCCAACCGCUAGCCGUGUUUGGACUCUCGGACAGCAUUCGACCCGAAACCAAGUUCGUCCUCGCGGAGCUCAAGAAGCGCAGGAUCGCUAUUUCCAUCGUUAGUGGGGAUGACGCAGGCGCCACUAAUGCUCUGGCCGCAGAAUUGGACAUUCCUCUGAAGAACGUAAGGUCUAGAUGCACGCCAGCCGACAAACAGGACUACCUGAAGAACCUCGAGACGGAGAAAUGCACCAUCUUCUGUGGUGACGGCACGAACGACGCAGUUGCACUGGCCCAAGCCGACAUUGGCGUGCAUAUGAGCGGUGGCAGCGACGUGGCGCAGACUGCCGCCGACGUCGUUCUCGUGCGCCCGGUUCUUACUGGGAUACUUGUGCUCCUGGACCUCUCACGCGCGGCGAUGCGUAGAGUGGUUCUCAACUUCACUUGGUCGUUUUUGUAUAAUCUGCUCGCCAUAUUGUUGGCUGGUGGUGCAUUCGUGCACGCUCGCAUCCCGCCGCAGUACGCGGGCCUCGGCGAGAUCGUCAGCGUGUUGCCUGUUGUUCUUAUCGCGCUGCAGUUGAGGUGGUUCAAGCGUAACUACGAAAGUCAGUUGCAUUGA